UGGUGUGUUGUCACUUAACACAUUUUCCUUUUUUUUUCUUUUUUUCUUCCUUCCUUUGUCUUAAACAAGGAGCUCAUCAGUACAAGCCAUGCCCAGUGCGAGAUUUAGAAUCCCAAUUUAUCAGCAGGAUUUCCCGGUUAAUAGUCAGGAAUUUGAUUUCCACGACCAGCCGAUGGGGAGUUUCUCCGAUAUGGUUUUCGGGUUUCUUGAGCACGGCGAAGAUCAGUCGUUUCAGGCAAGUCCUAGCAGCGAGGAUUCUUAUGAAAAUGAAGCAUUAGAUGAAGAAGAAGAUGAAGAGAAAGAGAAUGGCGGUUUUCAAGAAGACAAAAGCUUCUGGGACAACCAACACCAGCUUCUACAAGCUACCUUAUGUAGAACUAGCUCACUGGAAUCAGGCAUUAGAAAUAUCACCAAAGAAACAAUAAAAGAAAUUCAAAUGGCAGGAACAACCUGUGGUUGUGGAAAACCGAUGGUUGGCGGCUGCCGGAAAUGUUUGAUGGCAGAGGUCUCCGGCCGCCUCCGAAACGCUGGAUAUAAUAGUGCCAUUUGCAAGUCUAAAUGGAGAAGUUCUCCUGAUAUCCCAUCAGGAGAACAUACAUUUUUAGAUGUGAUAGAUAAUUCAAGUUCUAAAAAAGGAGAGAUAAGAGUAAUCAUUGAAUUAAAUUUCCAAGCUGAGUUCGAGAUGGCAAAAGCAAGCGAGGAGUAUAAUAGUUUAGUACGGAAAUUACCGGAGAUUUUCGUGGGAAAAGUUGAAAGAUUAAAUAAUGUGAUAAAGAUUUUAUGCUUAGCUGCUAAGAAGUGCAUGAAACAAAAGAAAAUGCACUUGGGGCCAUGGAGAAAACGAAGGUAUAUGCAAGCUAAAUGGCUUGGAACAUGUGAAAGGACUGUAGCAUCAAUACCAAGCUUUUCAAUGGGAUAUUCAGGCAAGGUAUCAAAGCCUAAGUCUUCGAUGCUAACGGUUGAUUUGCUAGAUUUGUUGCCUAAUAUGCAUUGUACAGCAGUUGAGGUUGUAUGAUUGCGAGAUUGAAUAUUUAAUUUUUGUUUGUAUUUCUUGUUUGUGGAUCUUCAUAGAAUUACAUGUAAAAUUUGAGAGGUAAAUAUAUAUAAAUAUGGGCACAAAUAAUUAACUUUU